CGGCACACUCUCGUCCACUUACCUGCCCGCUAACCUUCAACCAACUCACCGCCGAUAAUCUCUUCUUCCUGUCUCUAUUUUCAUCUCUCUACAAACCCCAAAAUGGUCCUGUUUAACCCUCGCUUCCUUAUUUUUUCCUUGCCAAGCCGCUUCGAGCUCGAGAUAACGAAACCAUUCAAAUAAUACUCGUUUCGCCAAUACUUUCUGCUUUACUUACCAUUUACGUGGGAUUUUCGCUAGUCGCGAAUUUAUGAACUCGAGAAAAUUUACGCUUCCCAUCCUAAAUUACCUCGCUCAAAAUAACCUGGUAAAAUAACCAACAAACGAACGAGGAAACAAACAAACAGAGAAAAAUAGACACUUGGACACAAACCUAAGCAAACAAACAAAAACAAACAUACGCAAAAACCUAAACAAAAACACACACACGAACCUACUAAUACGAAGGUAAAAAAAUUGCAGGGUGGGUGUUCUCGAGACAUCUCGAGAUGUUAAAAACAAUAAACAAUGAAUUAAUGAUCAAGCAUUUCGAAUCUAGCUGUGAAAAUCCCGCAUAGGGUUUCAUAUUUAUUCGCAAUCAAUAUUUCAAAUGAACAUUUCAAUUAUUUUCCAUAAUUACAAAUAUUAAGUAAUUACAAGCUUAAAGUUUCUUUUUAGAUGACGAUUAUUAUUCGGUGAUUAUUUUCUUCAUGGUUAUUUUACCAGGUUACUUUGAGCGAAGUUAUUCAGGCCGGACCCCAAAUUUAUGACCACGAAUCUCGAAUGAAUAAUCGAAGACUCGGACCAAUCGAAAUCAUGAUUCGCAGCAUUACAAAAAAUGAGACGUCGAAUUUUGCCUUUUUUAAACGAAUUUCUACCGGCUGCCAAAAAAUCUAAACAUACUCAAGUUUCCUCAAUAACUGACUCGAUUAUCGUUUCGAUAUUGCUCUCAACGGAGUCGGAAAUAAUUUUUUUUUCGAAGCAACUGCAUCACCAGCGAUUAAUGCUUUCUUCAUUUUUUUUCUUUUUUCUUUUUUUUUUUUUAUUUUAUUUCAAUAAUUAUCAAUCGCGUAUUUACGAUCGAUGUCUCAUAGACUUGGUAGGAACUAAUGCAGGAGAAUGUAAGAAAAUAGCUGAUAAGUAUGAGCGACAAAUAUGGAGUACGCACUUGGGUGGAGGCGAAAAUGCGAAUUGUCGAUGCAACGAAAUGCGUUUUCGGCGACUGAGAAACUUGAGGAAUUUAUGACGAGGAGAAGAAAGAGGCGACGACGGAGAACGGAGCUGCAACGUGAGAGGUCCAGCUCGAAAAGGUCGUCGAGCGUACAUCAUCGUGAAAUAUGAUAUUCAAAUAACCCUGCUGAGAGUGGGCUCUACGAAUCCGUGCUCCAGCGCCGGUAUGGAGGCGGCAAACGGUGGGAUCGAGCACGAUUUCCACAAUGCCCUGGUGCCGAUAAACGGCAGUCACUCCGGUAGCUCGGGAAGGAGCACACCGAACGGGGGCGAUCCGGCGCCUGGGAAGCUUUUCGUGGGUGGACUUUCGUGGCAGACGAGCAGCGAGAAGCUCCGAGAAUACUUUGGCAUGUUCGGUACCGUCACGGACGUCCUCAUAAUGAAGGAUCCGGUCACGCAGCGUAGCCGAGGUUUCGGCUUCAUAACGUUCGCCGAGCCCGGUAGCGUCGACAAAGUUCUCAAGUGUCCGAUUCACACGUUGGACGGUAAAAAGAUUGAUCCGAAGCACGCAACGCCUAAGAAUCGAGCCAAACAGGCGAACAGAACGAAGAAAAUAUUCGUCGGUGGAGUCAGUCAGGACACGAGCAGCGACGAGGUCAAGGCGUACUUCAACCAGUUCGGCAAGGUGGAAGAGACGGUGAUGCUGAUGGACCAACAGACCAAGCGACAUCGGGGCUUCGGCUUCGUUACCUUCGAGAACGAGGACGUCGUCGACAGGGUUUGCGAGAUUCACUUCCACACGAUCAAGAAUAAAAAGGUCGAGUGCAAAAAAGCCCAGCCGAAGGAGUCGGUCCAGCAGGGCGCGCUCGCCCUCGGCAAAAGGGUCGUUCUCGGGGCACUCGGAGUCCGUUUAGCGCCACAGCCUCCGCUCCAGGUCGCGACUGCGUCUCAAAUCGUCGCCGCUCAAGCCCAGGCUCACGUUCAGGCCGCGGCUGCGGCCGCUGCCGCGGCACAAGUACAAAACGCCGUUGCUGGCUAUGGCAAAUUGUUCGCCAGCAGUUAUCCAGCCCUCUCGGCUUACCGAUACGCUCCGUAUCCGAUACCGGCUGCAGCGGUCGCAGCCGCCGCUGCUGCUGCCCCCCAACAACAACCGGCACCGCCGAGCGCUGCGACCGCCGGUGGACCACAGCCAACACCGGCCAAUCCCUAUCAAGGAUACUCCCUCACCAACGUUGACAUGUCGAGCUUCCAGGGCGUCGAUUGGGGCUCGAUGUACGGCAUGGGCAUGUACGUCUAAACGUUGCGCCUCCGAUUUAACCACGAUCCAACCAACGAUCGCCCCCACCUUUCUUCUUCGUCGCCCACCGAUCAAGACUACUGCCGCCGCCGCUGCCGCUGCUCUUUCUUUCGAUCGGAACCGCUACACCGACGACAGCAAUCAUCAGCCUCACGAGCUCUCAAACAUUCUUCGUCAGCGGCUCCUCCCAAUUUUUAUUUCCUUCUCCGUAGUCUUCCUUCUCGCCGCCUCCCCUCCUCCAUCGCCCUUCCGCUUAUGAUCACGCGAGUUAGACAACGAGGGAGGGAGUCACGGAUACGAAAGCAGGAGGGAUGGAGAAGAGGAGAAGAAAAUACGAAAGUCCUUAAUUCGAAUCAUUUUCGGACAACAAACGAGACUGCCUUUCAAUUAUUUUACCUCUUACGCUUUUUAUCUCUGUCUCUCUGUCUCUCUCUCUCUCUCUCUCUCGCUUGUGUCUCUCCAAACCCCUUAACUUAUCCGCGUUCGGAGAAGUAAAACGCGAGACGAAGCUUCGUCGCUUUAGCUCUUAAGUUACAUGAGUUUAAUCGACUAAUUAAUUGAACGGUAAAUUCGCAAUGAAUUUACCGCGCGGCUUGUUACUUGUCAGCUUUCCUCGUUCGAAGCAGCAAUUUUUAUUUUUUAUUUAAUCUGCUUUCCACGUCCUCGCUCUCUGUCUCUCUCUCUCGCGCGCGCGCGUGCAUUUGUGAACUGUAGCCUUUAUUUAAAUGCGGGAAAUGUCAAUCUCGAGAACGAGGAAAAGCAAACAACUACGAAUUAUUUGAAGACGCGGAAAGAAAAGUAAUUUAACUUGAAUUGCGAUAUUUAUCACUGCAAAAAUGUGGGCUGUAGACUGAAAAAUUAUUUCAAACGAAAAAGAGAAAAAUGUGGAGAAAGCAAUACUGUCGAAGAUGAAGUUCGACGCAGCUCGGGCCUCGCUAUCGUCGAUUAUAGACGCUCGUUUUUUCGCCCCUUCCCCGCUCACCCAUCGCCAAGCCAAUCCUCGUGACAAUUUUUCUAGAGCGAUCGUUGGCACUCGAGUUUCGAGGGAGGAAUUCAAAAAUAUUAUCGGCUACGGCUGUUACAGGGAUAACGAGUUAAAAGCACGAGCUUCGCCUCGAAAAAUAUCCGCUUCGAGACAGCGGGUUGUCAAUACUUAACGUAUAAGUAAGAAACGAGAUAACAAAAAAUGAUAAAAAGAAGAAAAAGAUGAAGAAAAAAAGGGAGAAAAAAAUGAAUAUGGAUUAAGGUUACGUAUACAUAUAUUUUUCUUUUCGAGUUAACUACGAAAGACAAUAUUUCUCCGAUCUCCAUAUCGCGUUAAAACUUUUUCCAGAGGAGGAACAGGGCGAGAGAGGGAGCUUUCAACGAGGAUGAGAAUAUCUCUGAAUGCUAAAAGAAAAAGUACGAGUGAGUGUGCGAGUGAUAAAUAGUUUGAGAGAAAGAGCGAGAGAGAGAAAGAGAUCGAGAUAAUGAAAAGCGAUCGGAAGACCCUCGUCGUGAAAAAAAUUGUGAUUUAUCUACACGUGCUCCCCGUUCGGGGAUGGCGCGAGUGCGAAUUUACUUAAUGAAAAAUAAAAAGCAAGAAAAAAAACAUACAAAUAAUUAAAUGACUAGAUAAAUAGCUGCUCGAUACUUAAGAAUACUCGAUAGUUAUUUAAGCGGCAUGAUAAAAAUGCUGAUAAAGAAGAAGAAGAACAAGAACAAGAAAAAGUUAAAAUUAAUGAAAAAAACGUGUAUAAAUUAAGACAUUUUUUGAGAUUAGCCCGCCAACUUUUGGAGUGCAAAGGGUCAAAGUGUCCCGAUGGCACCGACGCGUUCUCCGGGCCAGCGCUGUUCUUCCGUAACUCACAAUCAAACAUACGAAAGGAUGAGAAAUCAAGUAAAGUAGAGAAAAACCUGGAACAGAGCUGGUUACCGUGGAGCGGAGUCGGGGAGCAUCAGGCUUGUGAGAAAUUUCGAGCAAUAAGCGAUAACUCAACUUAUACCUAAUGAUAUUGUAUACUAAACUACUGAGAUAACGAUAACAAUAAUUUAAUCGAUCAUCGCUAUCAGCGAGACAAUGGGGGUGAGGAGGGGGGGGGGGGGGGGGAGAAAAAAAACAAAAAAAAUCGAAGGUAGGAAAAGAAAGAAAACGUAAUAACGAGAAUGAAUCUCCGAUGAAAGAGACCGGGUGUGAUUAUCCUUCUCAACGAUAAGUAAUAUCCUUAGGGUUAACGAGACGAAAGAAAAGAAGAAUAAUAAGAAUAAUAAUAAAAAAUAAAAAAAAAACAACAAGAGAAGAAAAAUAAAAAGAUACGGUCAAAUACAAUGUGC